UGCUGGGUCUUCGCUUCAAGUUACAAUGCUGCUGAACUAUUUUCAGCAGCAUCACAUAUCGCUGGAAUUCAACAACAACUAGGCAGGCAAAAGUCCUGUCACCCGCCAUCAUGGCUCUACGAGCCUCGGCCUCACCCUCGCCUGCGCCAGAGGCACCUGUCGCGUGCGCACCAGGACCUCGCGCAGCGGCACUACAGAAGGUUUUUGCGGGCGCCCUGGCAUCGUCGCUCAAAGCAAACUCGUACACGAACUUCAGUUCGUGCUUCCCGACGCCCGCGAAAUACUGUCCGACUGCGCUCGAGGGAGUCUGGAGACAACUGAACACGCGGUUAGAGGAAGAAUGCAUGCGCGAUUUCGAGAAGAUAUUAGAAGAAAGACAGGUCGUCGCGGGCCUGAACCAGUGGGAUAACAUGAUCGACGAGGCUAGAAGGAGGAAGCAUCGCGCCGUAGAAGGCGAAAUGCCAGAGAGACCAUUGCACACUUUGUCCGCAGACGAAUUGCACACCGCUCACUUCACGCCCUACCUGCAACAAGCGACCGAGGAGCUGAAUACGAAAUUGCAAAAGUCCCAGCAAGAGAACGCGGUCAUGAGGGGAUCAAUCUCUGAGCAACGCGCUGAAAUUGAGCGGCUGCUAGCCAGCCUCGAGCACGCCGUGAAGGACAUUGAGGGAAGCGUCGAGGCAAUGUGCACAGACGAACAAAGCGGCUUCAAUGAGUUGAGAGAGGAGGUGUGGCAAAUGGAACAAGAGGUCGCUGCAACAAGAUAGUACUCGUAUUGUGUCCUCGAUCAUGAUUGGGAAAUCGAUAUGGGAUGGUCUCUGGUCCUUGGUCCUAGGCCCUAGCGUUGGCGCUGGAGGAGUGAUCUCACGCGAGCCAAAAAGUACCCAAAAGUACCCAGAACAAACAUGCCUGUCGGAGGAAAAUGGAAAGACCCGGGGCAAGACCCCUUUUGAGGCCCAGGGUUUCAUGAUGCGACGAUUUGCGGCCAUGAUAGGCGGACAGGGAAUGCAGGUCAUUUGGCGAGGAGCAUCUCAGAUUGAAGCCAGGAGUACGGAGUAUUGAGAUCUGCUUUGAAUCUCAAAAGCGUCUCAAUAGCCUGAGACAGGUUUCCAACCACCGCGAUCCGGAAAGAGAUUGAGGGCAAGUGAGUGGCCAACGCUCCAACGGUGCUAAUAGUGUCAAUAUCGGACAUCCGUUUUGGGCCAUUCGCCAAUCGAGACAGGCUGUCCAAUCACAGCCCAUGUUGGCGCCAAGCCCCUCAGUGUGGUGCAACAGUCAGCCUCAUUCCGCCGUCGUCCAACUUCACGCUUGUUCAGACUGCUCUACGAUUCACCGGCUGUCCAAAGGCUUCGCGGGAGCAGCAUCCUAUUCGAGCCAACAGAAAGUGAUUACUCUGUCUAGAGCCCAUG